GCGCUGCGUCCUGUCGGAAAAAUAAACAGUGGGGAGUGGGUAGACAGGUCAUCCUCCGACUACCAGUUUAAAUUUCUACCGUGUCCUACGUAAAAGCUCAUUUCUGUCGGGUAUCAAAAAUUUUUAAUGGUGAAGAGUACUCGUUGUAAACGUUCAGACAUCGUGAGAUACCAUGUGCUGGUUUGAGUCGUGUUGACAAAGAAAAAAGUUUUCAGUGAUUUUAGUUUUACAUCAGACAUGUUCUAGUGGAGGAUGAAGAACGGCAGACUAAUUUUCUUCUCUUCUCUUACAAGCACGAGGGGGGAAAUGGCAAUAAUGACUUGGCCACUCUACAUGAAAAAUUCCCGAUAGUUACGCAGUGCAUCAAUAACGAAAAAUAUGUUUCCGUCGGCAGUGAGAUUCUGUCGUUUUUAGCAGUACUCUGGUAAGCUUUGCGCUUACUUUUCAAGGUUUUUAUCAAGAUCAAGAGUUACUGAAACGUGGCUUGGCUGAGUGUGUAGAGCUACAGUACCUGUUUCAAAUUACGUUGGCUGUCAUGAAGGCACCUGUGAUACUACUCUAAUUCAUCGUGACGUCAUGAACGUAAUCAACAAGUAGUGACACUGUUAUCAUCUGUGAGGUAGCUGGGACCACGUGUACACCGAGACGAUGACGACAGAAAUUAUUUUCACUUCUGAGAGCGUAAUGAAUGGGACGAAGAUGAUGGACACGUCGAGCGAAGUGACGGCUGCCAACGCGACGGUCGAGCGGCUGUUCUGCGGUUCGGGCCUGCAGCAGUUCCACGCGGGCUACAAGGAACUGCACGGCUACUUCAGCCUGCUGGUGUGCAUCUUCGGCUCGGUGGCCAACUCGCUGAACAUCGCGGUGCUGACGCGGCGCGAGAUGCUGUCGGCGACCAACAGCAUCCUGACGGGCCUGGCCGUGGCCGACCUGCUGGUGAUGGUGGAGUACGUGCCGUACGCGCUGCACAUGUACCUGCUGCGGCGGCCGCGGGCGCUCACGUACACGUACGCGUGGGCCGUGUUCGUGCUGUUCCACUCCAACUUCGCGCAGGUGUGCCACACGGUGUCGAUCCUGCUGACGGUGACGCUGGCCGUGUGGCGCUACCUGGCCGUGGCGCACCCGCAGCGCGGCCAGAUCGGCGUGCCGUGCACGCUGGCCGUGGUCGGCUCGGCGUACGUGCUGGGCCCGCUGCUGUGCACGCCGCACUACCUCGCCUUCGAGGUGGCCGAGGUGCGCGAGCGCAACGCGACGCUCUACUUCGUGCAGAUGAGCCGGCUGAGCCAGGCGGCCGGCGGCCUGCUCGGCGACGUCAACUUCUGGGUGUACGGCGUCGUCGUCAAGCUGACGCCGUGCGCCGCCCUCACGGUGCUCAGCCUGCGCAUCGUCGCGGCGCUGCUGGAGACGAAGCGGCGCCGGCGCCAGCUGACGGCGUCGGCGUCGGCGUCGUCGCGCCAGCAGGACAAGGAGCGCCAGACGGACCGCACGACGCGCAUGCUGCUGGCCGUGCUGCUGCUCUUCCUGGCCACCGAGCUGCCCCAGGGCGUGCUCGCCCUCCUCAGCGGGCUGCUCGGACACCGCUUCUUCGCCGAGUGCUACGUGCCGCUGGGCGAGCUCAUGGACGCGCUCGCGCUGCUCAACUCGGCCGUCAACUUCAUCCUGUACUGCAGCAUGAGCCGCCAGUUCCGAGUCACCUUCUGCCAGCUGUUCCGGCCGCGAGCGCUCGGCCGCUGGAUCGCGGUAGAGAUGUCCCACAACGGCGUCACCACCACCAACAACGCGACGCAGGUCACCCAACUGUAGUACGUCCGGUGGGCCGGCUGGGGCUACUCCGACGUGGUGGAGCGUCAUUCCCUACCCGUCGCCUUUAAGUGCAGGCACCGCCGUAUGGCCUAAUCUCAUAUCAGACAUCAUCCACUAUUUCACACCUUGGCCGUUUUAUAGCACAGUCAUUUAUUUCACAUGUAAAUAAAAUGUCGUGUGACUAGGGCCUAGCCGGCCGGUGUGGCCGAGCGGUUCUAGGCGCUAUAGUCUGGAACCGCGAGACCGCAACGGUCGCAGGUUCGAAUCCAGCCUCGGGCAUGGAUG